AGAAAUCAGAAAAGGGAUCAGUGGAUCACAAACUACUGCAAAUGAUGGCGUGGCAGCCAUGCAUGCCCAUCCCUGUCAAUACUAUCAACUAUAAAAUAACACCUUAACCACCAUAACCAUCCUUAGAUACCUACCUUACACACAGUCACGCGCAAAUCCCAGAUAGCAAAGGAUAAAGAAAACCCAAAAAUAUACGAAGAAUUAUUAAGAAAAUGGCGGUGAAGUCGUUUGUUUCCUCUGCUUGCUUCACUGGAUCCUUACUUCCACCAGUUCAUUGCCCCUUGAACCUCAAUCAAAGGUGUAUAUUGUCACCAAAAACAAAUACAAAGAGACGUAGCAUUUGCUACAACAAGCAAAAUUUGAUUUCCAACUUCAGUCCAAAGGCUGCUCAGAGAGGAAAUUUAGAGGCCACCGGAGUUCCAACUUCAGUGCCAGUCCGUGUGGCCCACGAGUUACUUCAAGCUGGACACCGGUAUUUGGAUGUCAGGACUCCUGAAGAGUUCAGUGCAGGGCAUGCCUCUGGGGCUAUUAACGUCCCUUACAUGUACAGAGUUGGAUCAGGGAUGGUAAAGAACCCCAACUUUCAGGCAGAAGUAUUAUCACACUUUGGGAAAUAUGAUGAAAUUAUUGUGGGUUGCCAGCUUGGGAAAAGGUCGCUUAUGGCUGCCACUGAACUAUUAGCUGCAGGUUUUACUGGCAUCACUGACAUUGCUGGUGGAUAUGCUGCCUGGACACAGAAUGGACUUCCAACAGAAUUGUGAAGCUUGCUCAUAGAAUCCUCACCUACUGAUAUAAUAAAUCUUAGGAAGAUUAAUGGUGAUGUACAAUAAAAUAAUUACCAGUGUCAUUUAAAAGGAGACCCUGGCAAAAACAAUGUGUGUACAGUAUUAAAAAAAAAUUAUAAUGAAAAAGAAAGUCCAUGUAUGAUC